CAUAACUGAAACCGAGUCGUCUACGAAACGUCAGUUGCCUGUUAUUUCGUUCAAAAUUUUCAGUUUCGAGACAAUGGUGAUCGGGAGCUUUCCACUGGGGAAAAUCAUCGUAUAUGGUUUCAAGCGGGUCAGCAAACCCAUCGGAAAUCUUCUAUUGUGGGCCGGUAAACACAAUCCCCACGUUUGUCGCUAUGUCGUUAUCCCGCCGGCGCAGUUCUACAACAAAUUAGAGGUCCGGUGGAAGAUAAGGAUGCUGCGACUGAAGCAGCCAAGGAGGGUUCCGCCUCUUCCUCCCGCUAUGGCCAUCAAACUGGGCUCUGACAUUCUUAGCGAAGUCAUUGUGGUGGUCAUUGGUCUGGGAUUUAUCUACCAUGAAGUUUCCCGGCAGCAUUUAAAGACACAGAAGAAGGACCAGAAGCAGAAGGAGCAGAACAAAAUUAUGUUUGAUCAGCUGGACGGCAUUAGUGCACAUAUUGAGCAGCAAGAUAAAGAUAUUUCCUAUAUUAAGGCAGCUUUUGAUGGCUAUCAAAGAUAAUAAGUUAUGUGAAAUUGUUGUUAUCCCUUGGGUUCAUUUACCUCCCUUCGGUUCAGUUACCUCUCUUAUAAUCA